AUGUCCUCCGGCGAAGACGAGCGUGAGGAUGUCAUAGACGUUGACGCGUGCCUUCGAGCCGCAGUGGAGCUCAAGGCGAACGUAUUGGCGUCCAAGAGGAAAGAUUUCACUCGAGCUCCGGAGUUCGUGCGAAACACAGUAUCGAGAGUUGGAGACGAGGAGUACGAAAGAGCGCGAAUGAAACCCGUGAACGAGCGCGUGAUGUUCGCAAACGCGCUGAUCGAUCAAGCGAACGCUCUGACGCGAUCAAACGAUCACGAACAGGCGCUGGAGGCGUACUCCGACGCUUUGGCUACAUUUUGCCACUUCACGCGGCCGAGCGGGACGGAGAAGCUGAUGUAUGUUGAUCAUCUCUCGACAUCAACGAUGGACGAAGGAGCACAGACGGUGAAACGAAUCAUGCUAAACGCCGCAGCUUGCAUGAUGAACGAAGAUCUACGUCGCAGAGCGCGGGAGAUCGAGUGGGCAACGACGCAGGCGCUUCGAGUGGAUGGCAACUGCGCGGCGGCGUAUUAUCGCCGCGGCAAGGCGCGAGCGGUGAUGGAGGAAGAGGGAGCUAUGGAGAAGGCGGUCGAUGAUUUGAAACGCGCGGUAGAUAUCGAGCCCGAGGAGAAGCGCUACGUGCGGGCACUGGAGCAGCAUAUAAAAAACAUGGCGUUGGAGCGUGGUGAGAGGCGAGCCGUCUUCAAUAAGAUGUUCUCGAGUACACGGGGGAUUUAUGACGAGACCGAGUCGAGGUCGAGAGACAGCAGUGGUAUCAAAUCAGACGAUGAGAGCGACCGGAUACUUUUGGAUGAUGAACUCAAGGCGAAGGCGCGAGAGAUGGGAUUUGACGUUGACUCGAGCGCUUUUCACGCAGAGCUGGCGUCUCGUGUCCGUGACGAGAUUCGCGACAGCCAUCGGUCUCGGGCGAGAGAUCUCGGUCUUGACCUAGAAGACGAUCAAGUCAAAGACGCGAUAGCGUUUUUUGAGCGUAAAAGACGUCAGGCUGAGCUCACGAAGGACUCCGUCGAUGUCUCUCACUCGCGCAUCGCUCGAUGGUUCAUCCACGCCCUGCUCGCGGCCGUCGUGGCUCGCUUCGCGUACGUCAUUCGCGUCGUCCUCACGCGUACGAUCGACUGA